AUGUCAUCUAUUCCUGGUAAUGCUAGAAGGAGACAGAAGGUUCUUUUAGUUGGUUUAACGCUAUUGGUUAUGUAUAUGGUGUCGCCUGCUGGAUAUUGGACUGGUGAGCCAAUGGUUGAUGAUACUGCAGGGAAAAUUAUCGAUGAGAAAGACGGUAAUUACAGGUUUCCACGCAUGAGUACAAGCAGGCACAAAUUUAACUCAAAGAGGCUUAGUGACUGUGAAAACUAUGCCGAUUAUGCAAGGGUUCCUCAUUUUGCGUCGGACGGGUCUUCAACUCCGUUAGGAUUGCCCAAUCAGCGUCCACCAGAGGAUUGCAGGACGUUCAGUUCACCUUUAAUCGAAGAGUUUAUCAAGGAAUUCAAGGGGAAGCUCAAGGAUCAGGACCUUGCUAUAUUGUUUGAAAAUACCUUUCCUAACACCUUGGAUACCACCAUUCUAUGGCAUGUUACCGCAGAGGAAAACCAAAGAAUGAAAAACCAUGCUGAUCAGAAUAGCUACAGAAAUGAAUACCCUGAGACAUUUGUUGUGACUGGGGACAUUAAAGCAGAAUGGUUACGUGAUUCAUCAUGGCAGUUAGCGGUGUAUCAACCGUUUAUCAAGAGGGAUCCGUAUAUAAAGGAACUCAUCAGGGGUGCUAUCAACACUCAAUCGCAGCUCUUUCUUCAUAAUCCCUAUUGCAACGCAUUUCACCCACCUCCUUACAGCAAGGCUACCCCAAGAGAAAGUGCUAUCGAUGAUGUAUUUCCUAAACCAAAUUGGGCGCAGGUUUUGGAAUGCAAGUAUGAAAUUGAUUCCCUGGCAUCCUUCUUGACUCUUUCUCGCCAGUAUUAUCAAAAUGCUCCAGAAGAAGACAUGUUUGAUUUUGUUACAGAUGACUGGUUAUUGGCGGUGAAACGAUUAUUCCAAAUAGUUGAUAGGGAAGCUGAUUCUACAUUUUUCCCAGAUGGUGGUCUUCACGAGUUUAUGUACAAGUUCAAAAGACAGACUAACAUAGGGACGGAGACAUUACCAUUAGAUGGAAGUGGAAACCCAAUGAAAUCUGGUACUGGAUUAGUCAGGUCUGCUUUCAGACCUAGCGACGAUGCGUGUAUUUUUCAAUAUUUCGUUCCAGGUAAUGCGCACCUCGCGGUAGAAUUGGAAUAUCUAGUUGAUAUUCUAACGGAUUACUUGAUUUACGAGAAUGCAGGAAAGUCAAAGACAACCAAUUACUACAAUGUUGAUAUUGGAACUCUCAUAGAAAACUCUGAGGAACGUGCAAGAAAAAUAAGGGAAGGGAUAGAAAACAAUGCUGUAUUCGAACAUCCUGAUUUUGGGAGAGUGCUAGCUUACGAGGUGGAUGGAUAUGGUAGCAGGGUAUUUAUGGAUGAUGCGAAUAUUCCUUCUCUUUUAUCUUUACCAGAUAUCGGUUAUAUUUCGAAAGACAACGAACUUUAUCAAAAUACCAGGGAUAUGAUACUCUCAAUGAAAGGAAACCCUUACUACAUGAAUGGUGUUUACUUUAAAGGAAUUGGUGGUCCACAUAUUGGGCUCAAGUAUGCUUGGCCUAUGAGUUUACUAGUUCGUAUACGGACAUCUGAAGAUGACAAAGAAAUCAUGGAUUGCUUAAAACUUAUUAUGGAGAAUACUGGAGGCCUUGGAUUAAUCCAUGAGUCUAUUCAGACAUCUACUGCAGGUGGAACAGAAUACACUCGUUCAUGGUUCGCCUGGGCAAACUCUGAAUUUGCUAAAACCAUAUUUGAUCUAGCGGACCGGAAACCACACUUAAUAUUUACCCAGGAAGCACUUGAAAAGAAAUUCAAUUUGAAUUCGUUUAUAGCAGGAAUCGCUGUGAGCUAG